AUCGCGCUGCUUGGCGAUAUAUCUUCCGCCAUCUAGACAUGCAUUCAAAUGCCGAUGAGGCCAUGUGUCGGGUAUUGGUUACAGACAGCUCUUCAAAUUAAGCCCUCAUCUGGUCCCUCUUUUUUUUCCUCUCUCGAGUCCCUGGAUAGACUGAUACUGCUGGAGUUGCUGGAAUUGCCCACAAUUUCCUGGUCGGGCUAUCUAUUUCACCAUCAGAACAAACAUUCAUCAUGGCGCCGGUAGAAGUUCUCAUGGUCGGUACUGGAGAGUACACGACCGGAUUCGUCGGAGGCGGUGCCUCCAAAUCUGACAAAAAGGUUGGUGUCGUAGGUUUGACACUGUUUGACCUCCGAAGACGCGGCAAGGUGGGCAAACUGUCCAUGGUCGGCACAUCGGGUGGCAAAUUCCCUGCAAUCCGUGAGCAUCUGAAAAAGAACAUUUCCGAGGCAUACAACAAUCUGGACGUGUCUUUUGAGGAGUUUCCAAAAGAGGGCAAGACGGACCCAAAUGCCUACAAGGCGGCGAUUGAUGCGCUCCCAAAAGGCAGUGCGAUUACCAUCUUUACGCCCGACACCACUCACUACCCCAUUGCCCUUUACGCCAUUGAGCGUGGAAUCCAUGUUCUCAUCACAAAGCCCGCAGUCAAGUCGCUAGAACACCACCAGAAACUCCUCGAGGCAGCAAAGAAGCACAAUGUAUUUGUCUACAUUGAGCACCACAAGCGAUACGACCCUGCGUACGCUGAUGCGCGCUUCAGGGCACAGAAGCUGGGUGAUUUCAACUACUUUUACUCGUACAUGAGCCAGCCAAAGAGCCAGCUAGAGACUUUCAAAGCAUGGGCCGGUGUGGAUUCCGACAUUUCCUACUACCUCAACUCUCACCACAUUGACAUCAACGAGUCCAUGGUCCCUGGUUGGAAACCAGUACGUGUCAUGGCGAGUGCAGCAAAGGGAAUUGCUACCGGCCUGGGCUGCGAUCCUGCUACCGAGGAUACCAUCACAUUGCUCACCAACUGGGUGAAGAAAGAUGACCCGAGCAAAGUCGGAACUGGUGUCUACACAGCUGGCUGGGCAGCACCACAAAAGGCAGGUGUGCACUCAAAUCAGUAUUUCCAUUACAUGGCAUCCACCGGAGAAAUCCGCGUCAACCAGGCUAAGCGUGGUUACGACGUCACUGAUGACGAGACUGGCUUGCUGUGGUACAACCCAUUCUACAUGAAGUACGCUCCUGAUGAAGAGGGCAACUUUGCAGGCCAAAUUGGCUACGGAUACAUUUCAUUUGAAAAGUUUGUUGACGCCGUCAACAAGCUUAACGCGGGUGAAAUCACUCUCGAAGAAUUGGAUGCGCGGCCACUACCGACUUUGAAGAACACCAUUGCGACAACAGCCAUUCUGGAGGCCGGCCGAAGAUCUCUGGACGAAAACCGUCCUAUCGAUAUCAUUGAAGAAAACGGCGUCUGGUCGCUAAAGUAGAUCGCGCUGGUAUUUAUGUAGUAAAAUCCGUACUAUACUAUUCAUUGGAGCAGAACUUCCUCCACCACCAACCGAGUGGCCCCCCUGCUCCUACUCAUCCCUGCUUGACUCCAGCCAUGAAACACGCAAUUACUAUAUACAUGUAACCCCCAGAUCGGCGACAUGGUGCAGUGUAAGUAUCAUGGCGUAUUUUCCGGUCGCACUGACCCAUGCGUGAAUGGACUCCACUUUCACGACCGGGUUUUGAGCGAUCGCCGGAUCUGUCAGAUCCAUGCUAGGGCAAGCCCUUUUAGUGUCUCCCAACAACGUGGCGCCCUGCAGAACCCCUAGGAAGGGGCAUGCGAAGAUCGAAGCAAGAAAAAAAGCCCCCCGUUCGGACUGUCUUUAGCCUGUUCCCGCGACCGGACUCGGGUGAAUCCACUCCGACAGAACGGAUAGGCUAAUAUAUUUACUACC